CCACUGGCAGAACGUUGACUGCCGAUUUGGACCGAAUGAUGAAACCUUACGCGUUUGGCAGCGCUUCAAGUUGCCUGGCGCUGAUUCCCCAUGGUCUUAGGAAUGAUGCAUCAAUGAAAUUGACAGAUAUCGUUGACAAAGAACUUUGCACUAAUAGUGUAGUGCUACUAUCCCGAACGGGAAUCACACAGUUUCACUCCCACCUUGAGGCUUCAGCACAACGAGCAACACGAUGACGGAUACCAUCUACACGUCGGCCUAUCCGUCUGUCCACAUUUGCCGUCGUUCUAUCUUCACUCAUAUUCUUGGUGUCUCUUCAUCUUCCCCAGGCACAGUUGGUGGCUUCCCCGCUUCAUCACCCGCAUUCAUAGAUGCUCUUUCUGGUACAACGAUUUCUCGCGGGAAAUUGCGCUCAUAUGCUCUUCAGUUGGCAUUCUCUCUUCAUAACCUCCCAUUACCUCUAGAAAAUCGCACCAAGACAGUGCUCAUUUUCUCUCCUAAUUCAAUCACAUGGCCUGUCAUGAUGUUGGGUGCGGUGGCCGCUGGCUUCCGCGCGACGCUUGCAAACAGCGGGUAUACGCCACAUGAACUAAAGUAUCAAUACAUUGAUGCAGGAGCUCAUCUGAUAUUUGUCCACCCUUCACUAGUUGGGACAGCCCGGACCAUGUUAAGAUCCCUUGAAUGCUCCGAGCAAGAAAUACGGAGCCGUAUCAUCGUGGCUGGAGUUCAGUGGAUCAUGGGUGACAAGGAUGUGUCUGUUCCAGAUGACCAGCUGAAAGAUCUCGUGACCAUAACUCAACUACUCGGUCGCGGCGAGCUCAAAGAAGAAGUCAGUUUCGACGGUGAACGGUCAAACGAGACUGUAUAUCUCUGCUACUCCUCUGGCACAACUGGUCAACCAAAGGGUGUCGAGACUACACAUUACAAUAUCAUCUCCGUCCUUGAGAUGCUCAAACCUGUCUGGCCUAAUUCCAAGCCAUGCCUUACUCCGUCCAUCCCUGCAAAAGGUGGUGUAGAUGUCCUCUUCGGAUGUCUGCCCUAUUAUCACAUCUAUGGCGGAGUCAAACUUCUCCAUUUGCCGUUAUUCUUAGGCGUACCCGGGGUUGUCAUGGCAGGAUUCGACCCCGAUGGCUUCUGUGCCGCUAUCGCACGAUACCGCGUGACUAUUGGCUUUGUUGUCCCUCCAAUGCUAGUAGUAUUUGCGAGACACCCAGCUAUUCAAAAACAUGACCUCACCUCCCUCAAGAUUCUUUUCUCAGGCGCCGCACCUCUCGGCGCUGAGCUUGUCUUGGCCGUGAUGAAGCGCAUGAAGAGCAUUGGCGCAGAUGUGGAUAUUCUACAAGGCUAUGGACUCACAGAAACAUCACCGACGGUGUUCCUCCUCCCCGUUCCUGACGCCAGCAGUCAUAUUGGGGCGGCAGGAGUUCUGCUUCCAAAUUUGGAGGUCAGACUUGUUGGCGAAACUGAAGGCGAACCACACACAGAUAUCCCAGGCGCUGGUGAGGUAUGGGUGAGAGGGCCGACGAUCAUGAAGGGAUACCUAAACAACCCUACUGCAACUGCUGAAGCUAUUACGCCUGAUGGGUGGUUCAAGACUGGUGAUAUCUGCGUGCGGGACAAGGAUGGGUUCUUCACAAUCGUGGACCGGAGAAAAGAGUUGAUUAAAUAUAAGGGCUUCCAAGUUCCUCCCGCCGAGCUGGAGUCAGUGUUGUUACAGCAUGCCGAGAUCGCAGACGCAGCCGUAAUUGGGAUUGAGAGUAAGGAGGAAGCAACAGAAUUACCUCGCGCAUAUAUAACGCCUUCUCGCCCACUUUCCCCCCAGGAAGCGUCUUCAUUCGCACUAGGUGUCCAAAACUGGGUUUCACAGCGUGUAGCGUCACACAAACAACUAAGAGGAGGAGUUGUGAUCAUCGACAAGGUACCGAAAAGUGCCGCUGGAAAGAUCCUUCGCCGUGAGCUUCGUGAGCGUGCGAAGACCGAUGUUGCGGUGGGACAAUUGAAACCUCGCGCAAAGCUCUAGGCCUAGAAUGGGCCAACCUCUCCUUGUGAGGUAAGGUGAACCUUCAAUACCAAAGGACUCGAGAGA